AUGAUAAUGCAUUUUUCGGACACAUACUAUGCCAAGCGGUGGUGGACUGUGACAUCCGACUUCAUCUUGCAUGCUGAUCAAGACUUUGUGCUUCCCCUUCCCAAAGUCUCCAAGCCAGCUUCAAUGGCCGCUGCCAAAUCCAGUCCUGAUGGAAAAGCCAAUGAGCCCGGUAGCGAAGGCCUGUGCCACGGAGAAAGCCAAGGCAGAAAAGGCAGUGUUAAAGGCUAA